CCAAACCAAAAUUACCCAAAAACAAAAAAAAGAGAGAAGAAGGUGUCUGGAACCUUCUCUUUCCCCAUCAAUUUGUAUUUUUUUUUUCCCGAACCAGCCUCCUGUUGCCUAUGCCCCUGCUUGCUGCGCCUCACACCGGAGCCUGCCCUGCUACUGCACCACGCCCUUGCCGCCUACAACCGCCUAGGCCCGAGCCAUCAUGCCCCUACCGCGCCAGCCUUCCCCUGGACCAGAUCCCUUCGCCUCUGCGCCCAGAUCCCCCCUCUGCUGCCCUGCUGCACCCCAGCCUGCACUCUACCGCGCCCCCUAGCUCCUGCACCAGCCUUGCUCUGUACCAGUUCCUGCACGCUGCGUCACACCCCUGGCCUCUGCGUGCCUGAGCCUGCACUCUCCCCUCUACGCGCCUGAUCCUGCAAUCACGCCCCUGUUGCUUGCACGCUUGAUCCUGCUGCUGCACCGCGCCUGCACUCCUGCUCGCUACAGUACAUGCCAGUUGAAAUCUUCAUCAUUACUGAUUGACAGGAGCAAGUCUUUUUAUUUUUUAUUUGUUAUUUGGAUAUAUAUAUAUAUAUGGAAAAAAAUCAGAAGGAGGGGGGGUUGGUUGGAGAGUUUUUGAAGUUUGAUUUACAGGAAGGGUCUGUGGUAGAUUGAUUUUGGAGUUUGAUUUUGGGGAUUUCUUUGUCUGAGUUUGGGGUAUUGCUGGAAGCGUAGUAAGAAGAGGAGGAUCGCUGAGCUUCCCGAAGAUUGUGCAUUUUCUGGGUUUUCAUCUUAGGUAUUUUCCUGCAUCAGAGAAGGUUUUUGGGAAAAGCAGUGAGGGAGAGGGUUGGAGCUUGAUCCCGUGGGUGGGAUCCCUCCCCCCGAUUCUGAUCUGUUUUCUUCAAAGAUUUUCGCCAUGUUUGUUUGUUUCCUUCUCUGUUGAUGUUUUUUUUAAAUGUGAUGUUAAAUCCAUGUAUGUUGCUGAAAAACUAAUGAAAAUGUCAAAAAAAAAAAAUAUUCAGAUUAGGCACUGGAUGAAUGUAUGUCUUUGCUGGAAAUGACAUGAAAAUCUCAUUUUC